UUUGCAGAGUACGGCUUUAGCUGCAUUGAUCCUAAGAAGUUGGGCAUUUCUUUGGAUUUGAAGACUAUUCACGACCCGGCUCCCGAGUACAAGUUCGGAAAAGAUAACCCUCGUAAUCCUCGUCUGAAGGAUUACGUGUUGUCUCCUUUGGGGGUUGCUCGGAUAUCCGAAGUUCGAGCUGAUCCGUGGGAUUCCGCCUCUUCUGUUGAAGCUGUUCCUGUGAAGGUUGUGCUUCCUGAGUUGAAGACGACUUCGGAUCCGGGUCCUGGGACUGACGCUGUGCCGCGUGCCGUUCCUUCGGUUUCAUCUCCGGCUCGGAUAGAUAUCUCUUUAUCUAGGAACCGGGAUCAACGCAAAAGGAAGGGUAGCACUCUUUUGAGGCCUUCCACGCAUCCGAAGAAAGCGAAGGCUUCUCAGCCCUCGGAGAAGGAAGCAGUUUCGGAAGUCAUGCCUCCUCCUAAGAAUCUUCUUCACUUCAUGCCCUUGCCAGGGCAGAAGUUAAAGAGUGUGGUGGUUGCUGAACCGCCGGCCGUGGAUCAGCCGCUGAUCGAGGAAGAUAUCAUCCCUUCUCCCCUUAAACCAUCUGCUGCUUUGGGGAUCGAAAUCCAGGAUAUCACCGAGGUGAUGGAGGCGAUUGAAGCCGAUUUUGUUCCUGGUUCGGAUGUCCCUGAGGUAGCUGGGGAGAAGAAGGAGUCUGCUGAUCUUCCCUUCGAGAGGGAGAAGAGUCCAGACAAGGAGAUGAUAGAUCUCUCGGGCCCCGAAGCUGCGGUCCCCGAGGUUCAGAAGGAGGUUCCCUCUGCUGGAGAGGAGGAGCAGCCCGAGCAAGGUUUGACGAGGAAGAGGCGCCACUCGACUUUGGGUUCUACUUCUACCUCGGCCCUGGAUAGGCUGAUCCAUGCUGAUCCCUGUUCGGAUGUUCCGCUAAAACGGAUCCCCGAAGAAGUAAGGGAGGCGAUGGCUCGAUAUGCCAGGGCUCCGAUUUUGGGAGAGGACCCUUUGGCUCACGUGGGAUCCUUGGUGGGCCCCGAGGCUGCUCGGGAGAAUCUGCUUCGUGCUAACCCGCAGUGGAGGGUUCCUGGGGCCGAAGAGAGGAAUCCGGCAAUGAUGGCCCAGUACUAUCUGAACGAGGUAAUUUGCUAGAUUUUUCUCUUUGAGU